CGCCAUCCUAUCAACUUCAUUGACUUGUGUCGUCUGCUGUCUUUCGAUUUAAUCAAAAGAAGACAAAAAAAAAACGCUUUGAAAUUAUCAACAAAACUCGUGCGGCUACAACGUUUAUCGAAACGUGAAACGUGGAACAAAAAUAAGACAAUUAAAAACAAAAACAACAAUAAGAAAAAAAAACAGAAAAUAAAAUAAUUUUACUUUGAGUGGUUAUUAAAUCAAAAGGCGAACAUGUCAGAACUAACACCGGUCCAACAAUAUUACAAAGGCAAGACAGUGUUUAUCACUGGAGCCUCUGGUUUUAUGGGCAAAGUUUUAUUGGAAAAACUUUUGUAUUCUUGUUAUGAAUUGAAGGAAAUUAUUAUGAUUUGCCGUUCCAAGAGAGGCAAGAGUCCAGAGUCGCGUUUGGAAGAUAUGUGGAAAUUGCCGAUUUUCCAACGUAUCAAGGAUGAAAGGCCCCAUGUCUUGAAAAAGGUUACCAUGUUUGCGGGUGACAUCACCAAUGAAAUGUUGGGUCUCUCCGAGGAGAAUCUUAAAUAUGUGGCCGAAAACACUAACAUUGUGUUCCAUAUGGCUGCCACCCUAAAGUUGGAGGGUAAUUUAACCGAUGCUGUUAACAUGAAUUUGGCUGGUACUCGUCGUGCCAUGGAUGUUGCACGUAAAAUGAAAAAUCUCGAGGCAUUUGUUCAUCUGUCGACAGCCUUCUGUAAUUGUGAUCAGGAAAUUAUGUACGAGAAGGUCUAUGAAUUCCCACACAAGCCCGAAGAUUUGAUGCGUAUGGCCGAAUGGAUGGAUGUUCAAACUUUGGAUGCGGUAACGCCCAAACUUUUGUCGCCUCACCCCAAUACCUAUACGUAUACCAAGCGUUUGGCUGAAAUCUAUGUGCGCGAUCAAUACAAUACCAUGCCGGUGAUUAUUGCUAGACCCAGUAUUGUUUGCCCAGCCUAUAAGGAACCGAUGCCGGGCUGGGUUGAUAGCUUGAAUGGACCAGUGGGUGUGAUGACAGCUGGCGGCAGAGGUGUAAUACGUUCCAUGCUAUGUGAUGGUGAAUUAGAAGCUGAUAUGAUACCUGUGGAUGUUGCUAUUAACAAUCUAAUCAUUAUACCGUAUGGAUUUUGUCAAAACAAGGAAAGACCUCCCGAAAUACCUAUCUAUAAUAUUACCAUGCCAAAAAGUUGUAGACGUUCCUGGAUGUGGAUUUUAAAUAAUGGCGUUGAACUUAAUAAGAAAUAUCCACUGUCUUGGCCGCUAUGGUAUCCCAAUGCAACGUUGACCUUAAAUAAGCAUUAUCAUUGGUUCAAUGUAAUAUUCUUUAUGUGGCUGCCGGCAAUUUUAAUCGAUAUUUUAUUGACAAUUUUUGGUCAAAGGCGCUUCAUGAUUUAUAUACAAAAACGCAUUAAAGUCGGAUUGGAAGUUUUACAGUUUUUCACCACCAGAAAAUGGGAUUUUCGAAAUGAUAACUUAAUGAAGCUCAUAAAAACUUUAAACGAAAAAGAAUUUACAGUAUUCGAAUUGCAGUGUGAAGACAAAGAAUACGACAUAGAAGGUUACUUGGAACAAUGCUGCUUGGGAGGUCGUUUGUAUAUCGGCAAAGAAUCCAUAGACACAGUACCCAGAGCCAAAGUGAUUCUGACAACAAUGUAUAUUUUGGACAAAGUUUGCAAAACACUCAUCUGUGGUUGGUUCUUUUAUUGGAUAGCCUCUAAAAUAGGACUAGUGGACCUGAUAGCCGAAAUAUUUGAAAGUUAGGCCAUCGCCAAAGGAGUAUGCGAUUUAUAAAAUAUGUCACUCUAUAAAAAACUGGAAAUUUAAUACUCAUUUUCAGCCCUACAUUUUUUGUCAAAGAGCACAAAUUUAUAGUUUAUAUGAAAGUUCCCCGGUUUCUUAGACGAUCCCAGUAAUUUGUUUUUAUUGUAAUUAAGAAAAAAAUGAAGUUCAAAGAUGGUUUUAGGGUAUUUUGCUAAAAAAUGGUUUUCAUUAUCGUGUAGCUCACUCAAACGCACAUGUGUUGUAAAUACGAUAUUUAUUUUUCAUAAAAAUAAAGCAAAUAGCAAAGUUGUAUAUGGUUAUGUAAAA